ACUUAAUCAGACUUCACGAUGACACUGACACAUUUUUUAGUCAGGUGUGUUCAGCAUGAUAUGAUCCAAAAUGUCUCCUGGCUAUGUGUUACGACGAUGAACAGGUUGAGCAGAAAUGAAUCAGAUACACAGAGAUGGAGGGACGUGUCUCUGCCAGGAGGAGGCGCUUAUCUCACUGUGUGCAGGAGCAACACUGAGGAGCUGAAUCAUGAAAAACUGAACAUGCCCUCGGUUAUCAGGACCCAGAGCGAGUGUCUGUUUUGAUGUAGAGGCCCUGACGUUACCACAUUAUGAAUGACAACAGAGCGGAGCUGGAAAUAGACAUCCAGGAAACAUAAUACAGAGAUGAAAUGCAAUGAUAGAGCACAUUUUCAAAUCAGGUCUGCAAUUUGUCAAAUAAACAAUCUCUACUGAGACACUUGGAGUGCAGCUUGGUGAAUCACACUGACAAUACUGAUAGCUACAGCAUGUCUGGAGUGUUUUAUAGAGGGAGGGUGUGUUCUACUCACCCCACUGACAUGUUUUUUAGCAGAGGGUAGGAUGCAGGUCACAAGAAUGCAUUGUUGAAGUUCAAUUACCAUCAUCUGCAAGUCUGGGGGAAUUUGGGGAAUUUGAGGAGGCAGAACCAAGAUGUGUCCUUUAACUAAAAUGUGCUAUUUCAAGUCUUAUUGGUUCUAAAAUCUUCUCAGCCCUUCUGAGGUGUACUCUCAAAGAGUUUACUUGUAUAUGCUUCAAUAUUUCUAAUACGUAUACACAAAAACAAAGCAUGUAGGAUGGGAUGUGAUCUGAUCACAUCAGGUCACAUAGUACAUUCCAGCAGCACUAAACCUGUAGCACCAGAUCUGUAGAGUGGAAUAAGCAGUAAGCACCUCCCUUCUCCUCUAGGGGGCAUACAGGUUGAAAAACACUGGAUUUACCUCAGUCCAACAGUGACGCUUAGGAGAUAACUCAAUCAGCCUCUAAAAAAAAAGCUCUCCACUCAAAGCUACACUCUGAGAGUAAGGGUGAGAGACACACUGUGCAGGAGUUCAGCUUCGUGUUGUGAGCCAUGGCAGCAUUUUACUGGAUACUUCUGCUGUUAUCAGUGGCUUCUGUGGCAACGCGCAAGUCCCAGCGAAAAAAAAAAAGUUUAAUGGAGCUUGCGAAGGCUGUCGAGUGCACCACAGGAAAAUCUGCUUUGGAUUACACUAUGUACGGAUGCUACUGUGGAAUGGGAGGUCGAGGUGCGCCCAAAGACGAAGCAGACUGGUGUUGCUUCAAACAUGAUUGCUGUUAUGGAGAAGCAGAGAGUCAGGGUUGCCAAACCAAAACAGACCCAUAUCACUGGACGUGUAAGGACCAUACAGCUGAGUGUGAUGAUCUGGAGGAUACAUGUAAAAGGCAGAUAUGCGAAUGUGACCGAGAAGCUGUUGAAUGUUUGAGACAGGCACCUUACAACCCGGCUAAUUGUGUGUGGCCAGAUUUUCUCUGUACUGAUAAACCACCGACCUGUGAAGACAAAUCUCAACAAUAGAUGCAUCCCUGUGGUUUGUGUGCCUUUUGUAAAUGUAACAUGUUACAUAUUAAUGGUUAUGCUAUUGCUGCUUUUUCAGACACUUCUAUUGUUUUCUCUCAUCUUAAAUCAUUACUGGACUCUUUUGAUUGAAUAAGAAAAGAACAUACGGUGUUUGAGGAGUUAAACAUAGUUGUGUUUUUGUAUGAUGUUGUAAUAAUGAUUUAAAGGGAGGAGCCGUAUGUUCAUAUCUAACUCAGGGAACAAUCAGAUAGCCUCUCCUUCCAUCAGAACUUUUCUUUCUUCAAACACUGUGCUGGGGAUCGCCCGUCUGAUAACUCUUAAGUUGACUCCCUGUGCUGCUGUAGGAAUGUGUGUGACUACAUACAGUAUGUCUCAAUCACUGAGUUGAGAAAAUUGAGAGAGUUAACGUGCAGGCUGAGGUUGACCUGUGUUUCUAUUUUAAAGCUGCUGCGACAGCUUUCUUUCAUUUUUUUAUGACUGAUUCAGAUACUUGAGGCUGACAUAGUUGUGGAAACUCACACAUUUAAGUAUCCUUGUAUAGUUUUGACAAAAUCACACCACAGUGACACAUAGUUGUGCUUAAAACAGCUUUUCCAUGAGCAGUGCAGAAAACAUUACAGUCAAAAUAGCUCAAAGAUGACGUCAUAUACCCUCAAUAGUACCCUAAAUAUCACUCCCUGAAUAUUUGAGAACACCUCUCUGUGUGCAUCUUUAGUGUAAAAGUCUUUGUUUAGCUCAGGAUGCUAUCCUCCCACACAAAAAAGGAAAUCAAUGUGUUAGCUGCCAAAAGCAGAUCUGGACCCUGCUGCCGGUGUACUGUAACAGAUCUCUUUUUGUCCUCCUCCUUCUAUUCUGUUCCUUUUUGUGGGUGUUUAUGAAAGCCUUUUGCAGAUAGAAGAGGAAGAAAAAUUGAAACCACACUACAAAAUUGCUGUUUAAUGAACGUGAAUGAAUUGUAUUUUUCCUACAAAUGUUAACUAAUAUUAAAGCAUGAUGAUACAAUGAUUUUAAGCUUUAGGAGUUCCGCAGCAUGCAGGGACAGAAGUGUUAUUAAUCUAAGUCUAUGGGAAGGGGAACUUACCUUUAGCACUCUGUAGCAUUGAAGCCCAGACUGCAUUAAAAUUGGUUUAUUAAAAUAGUGUAAAGUUAGAUUUCUAUUGACCAAUCAAGCAUUACAUUACUCUCUGUUUGAGAUCUUUUACUGCCAUAAAGAUUAUUUUUUUUACAUGGCUUUCAGGAGAAAGUGCUCUUUAAUGU